GGAGCUAACUUUAGGAAUUUGACUGGUGUAAUUGUUCGCGAUAACAGAGUUGAAUGGGACCCAAAAGUUAAAAGAGUGUACUUGCCUUCAGGCAAACCAUUGGUUCCUGACUAUGUAAUGACUCUCGUGAGAGGAACUACCACAGCGCCAUUUGCUCGGCUUUGGUGGGAUGAAAUUGUUCCAACUGUUGUGACAAGGGCUCUGCCCCAUAACCGGGCUAUUCUACAUCCGGAGCAGGAUAGGGUUCUUACUGUUCGUGAAAAUGCACGGCUGCAAGGUUUCCCAGACUACUAUAAACUUUGUGGCCCUAUAAAAGAAAGGUACAUACAAGUGGGAAAUGCAGUUGCUGUGCCAGUAGCAAGGGCUUUAGGGUACUCACUUGCUAUGGCCUUUAAAGGAGAAUCUGGUACAAAACCUUUGUUCAUUUUACCAGAAGGGUUUGCUGAAGUUUCAUUGCCUUUCAACCAACAGUCUUCCCAGAAUUCUCAUUGACCCCAUUAUAUGGUGGGGGAACUUGGCAGUCU